UUAGCCAACGUUGGACGAAAUUCACGACAUGUUUCUCAAUUCCUGGGCGUUUCAUGUCGUCUCAGCCGGGGAUGCCGAUAUCGUGGAAUCAUCUUCUUCAUUGAAAGAAAAGAGAGACCUGACUACUAUUCUGGUGUGAAUGAAAGCAAAGGAACAAUCGCGCAUUGUUGCUCGUGCCUUGUCGGUUCUAAUAAUGUGUUCUUUGUUGUGAAGAAAGACUGUUUGAUUCGAACUGGACAAUGCGGAAGGGGGGUCUAUCUCGAACAAGGCCAUGGUAACAAUAUUUAUGCCCGGCCAGGAGGGGCAUUCUCAAGUUAACUAUCUCGGCAUACAAUAUCUAUCAUUUAUUCAUUCAUUCAUCAUAACGAACCAUGGCCGCGCCUAGUAUCCGAAUGCCCUCCUUUGGCCUCACGGCAGCCGAAAAAGCCGACAACAACGCCAGCAUAAACGCGACCCUCCAGCGCUGCGAAGCUGUGCUCGCCGACGAGCAGAAGAAGCACUCCCCGCUCGAGCUGCGCGACAUCGUCAUCGCGGUGCAGGACGCCAUCGUCCUGGCCCACGACUCCGACGCAUGUGAGUCUCCCCCCCUCGCCAGAUGCUACCUGUACAAAGGCCACAUCCUGGAGGCCAUGAAGAAGUACAUCGAGGCCGGCGACGCCUACCGCAAGGCCGCGAAGCAGCCCACCGGCAACCACCCCGCCGACGCCGAGCAGGCCGCCGAGCACGCGGCGGAGAUGGACCGGAAAGUCCGGGACGGCAAGCGAAGAGGCCGCGUCGGGCCCAGCGCCUACGAGAGCGGGCUCCUGCGCAUCAGCAAGAUGCAGUCCGUGUACGAGUGGCGGAUCGGGGGCCAGAAGAAGAGCUUCCACUACCCGUGCCCGCCCGUGCAGCACGUGGGCGCGAGGAGAACGCCGUGCCUGGUCGAGAGGCCGCAGCUGCGCCGCUCGCACCAGCCGCAGCGCCUCGUUCCGUGCGACGGGGGCUGGACGGCCGAAGCGGCGUGCACGCCGAGGAUCCAGAGCCGGUUUCGUCCAAGCAUACGCUGUGUUACGCCGGAGCCGUCUCCGUGUAUGGUUAUCCCGGUGGAUGCUACGAUCAGAGUAGUCGGCUGAUAUCGGAUCGGAUUGGUAUUACACGAAACUUUGGAUAUGCAAAGGAUAUAUAGAAGACCUUUUGUUUAUAG